AUGGGGUGCGACCCAGUUGUACACCUUGCCAAGGUCGAGAGUGUCAAUGGCCCUUGGGCGAGCACGAAGCUCAAUGGCUUAGAGAGCCUGGCGAGUCGUUUCCAUUCCCAUCUUUCCAACGAUGUUGAGGUAGAAAAUCACCAGCGCAACCUCAAUUUCGUAUCUACGGAUAUCCCAGAGAAUGCUCUCCAGGACAUUCAGGUCUUCCGUCUGUUCAGACACUAUAAAGACCAUCUAGCCUCCUGGUAUGACCUUAAUGACAGCCAUCGACAUUUCACGGAUAGGGUGCCUGUGAAAGCGCGAUCUAGUCCGCUUCUCUUGAGCGCAAUCCUAGCCUUUUCUGCAAUCAGUCUGCAUAAUUCCAGCUCCGAAUCUCUGGCUGAUGUGGCCGAAUUUUAUCAUCUUGAAAGUGUGCGAUACUUAUUGCAAAUCACGCGCAAUAUUGAAGAUGUCGUUUCGAAUGGCGAGGUGCUAGCGGCAAUAUGCCUUUUGCGUUCCUUUGAAAUCAUUUCACAAGAUCUCAGCUCCCAGAGCCAUCUGCAGGGAUGCUAUUCCAUAUUGGCCAGCAAUUCGAUCAAUUUAGAUUCGCUAUCAAGUCUAGCCCGAGCUGCAUUCUGGAACUAUCUCAGAGAAGACAUCACCGUCGCGCUAAUCGAGCGCCGAAAGCUAAUGAUCGAGCUACCCGAUGAGCAUAUUCCCAGAAAUCCAGUCACUGAUGACGAAUACGCGAAUGUUGUUACCAUCAUCCUUGGACAAAUCAUCAAUCGAUGCUUCGGUGAUGGUACGAGUUCUCUACAGCAGCUUUUGCUUGACCAAGUUAAUCUGGAAACUUGGAAACACAGCCUUCCUCAUUCCUUUACGCCUAUUUUGAAUCACACCUUAGCCGAAAAGGGCGAGAAAGCUUUCCCGUUCAUGGGUACUCUUCAUGGCUGGCAUGCGGCGGCUAUUCAAUAUUACCAAACCGCAAUGAUUAUCUUGAGACUUUCGAAGCCUAAUCAGCAAGCAAUUUCAGUGAUCGAUAACUUAGAACAAAUUACGGAAUUGAAUCGCGAGCUGGAGAGCCGCAGUACUGAGAUCUGUGCCUUGGCGCUUUCAAGCGAAUCGCAAGCUGUAUGGAUCAAUUCUUUUGGUCCGAUUGCAUUUUGUGGAUGCUGGCUUCGAGACCAGAACAAAUUCCGGGAUAUCAUCAGCGGCGUGAAAGACUGGGGUUCUCGGACGGGAUGGCCAGUCUCUGAUAUAAUCAAAUCCUUGCAGGAAAGCUCUUCAUAG